AUGCAUUACAGAAAUUUCUUUAGAAAACUUGACACGGACAACAACGGAAGUCUCAACCUGAGGGAGGUGCGCGACUUUCUCGCUCUUCUCGGACAUACAGUGGAGGUGGCAGUGAUUCGGGAAUUUAUUCGUUUCCAAACCGGCGGAAUGUCAGACCAGAUAGAGGAAGAGACUUUCGUCAAGUUCAUUAAGAAAGAGGUGAUAAAAUGA